AUGAUACCGAGCCGAGCAUCGCCUGGUGUCGCUGCGCAAGCAGAUGAACACCACGAUGCAGCAUUCCCGCCGUACGAUGCGAAUCCGCCGCUCUACCUUUCGGGCGUGCAAGGACGAGACGCAGGAUCAAAUCUACCCGUUGGCGAUCCGUCCAAUGCGCACUUCGUUAGAUUCGACUACGACUGUCCGAGCACUAAUAGCAGCGAGAUCGCUUCACAAUCGCACAGCAGGGCAGGGAGUUCGACCGCUCCAUUUGACCGUGGCAUGCCUUCCGGGCCAGCUAUGUUGAGCAUGGAUAGCACCGACGCAGGUAACGUCUUUUCGAUCCCGUGGGAUCGCCAAGGUGCGCACGCCACGUUUGCAGAGCAAAGCGCAACGCACACUGGCGGCUUUCAGACGAUCCCACCUCCCGCACACAUACCGACUUUUCAAUCCGAUGGGGAGUAUCCAGUGCAGCCCCACCCGGUCAGCGUCUCCUCUGGGCCAUAUCCUAGCUUAAUCCUCGGCAGCAGGGGGGGGACUUCUACUUUGUCUCCUGCGCACGCCUUGAACGAUUAUGCGCAGGCCGAUGUGGAUGCGACCUACCUGCAUUACCGUCAACAGUUUGCGCUGCAACAGUACAAUUCUCACUCUUCCGUCUCGCGCCGCGCCGCGGAGGAAGCGCUGGCUCGCUUCUUGGAGUUUCAGGCGUUACCACCUGUGGACGAUGACGCCCCGAAGUCGAAGCAGUCGCAUUUUCCAUCCAAGGAUGGCGCUGUCGAGCCUGGCAGUUUCAGCGAUUAUUUGCAGCAAUACGCGAGCGGAGGAAUGGGGCAGGAGCAUGUGACUGUACGUGCCGCCUCUGGUCUUGUUAUCAACACGCCUUCCAGCGAGCAUGUCAACAUUUCUCACAAUGUAGGCGCACAUGACCAGAAUGCAACGUCUCUCAGCACGCUAACGCCGGCCUCGGACAACACUAUCACCCUCGCUGCAGAUGAAGUGGAUGGUCGGAGCAACCACAAAAGCAGCACCCACAAGUAUCACCCUGUGCAGCCUUUCAUGCCUAUGAGGUCUUUACACGCAGCGAAGGACGGUAGGCGCAGCCGCAGACAAAAACGCGGAAUCAGCACUUGCCCCACGUCUCCCACCGAAAGCCCUCCACCAGCUCAUGUCAAAGGUGCUGUUCCGGUUUCCAAACGUGCCAAGACGGACUCACCACGCACCUGUGGCACCCAUUCUGGUCAAAUCAACGCGGAUCCAGCCGAGGCCGCGGUGUUUGGCAAGAUCAGGGUCAAGGAGCGUAAGCUUGGUAAGAGCCGCACCGGUCGCCGGCAAUACACUUCCUGCGAUAGCUGCAGAGCAUCAAAGAAGGGAUGUGACUUGCGCCUAAGCGUCGUGCUGAACACAAUCGGCGUCGAUGUCCACCCAGAAGUCUCUUGCUCUUCUUGCAAGAGAAGGGGCCUCAAAUGCACCACCAAGGAUGUGCACAAGAUCAGAGCUGCCUCUGGGCACUUUGAGGAGCUGGAUGAGGAUGAUGACGACGACGAAGACGGAAUCGGUGAGGACGCUUCAAGCUCGAGCGCUCUCUGUACAAGCAGUCGGAAAACGUCACUGGCCGGCAGAAGCGGGACGGUGUCCCAUGGACGUGCAGACUCUCAACCCACACCGAACGGCGGUCGCUUUUCUCAUCGCGCGAAGGCAGUCAAUAUGAAGCUCAUAGACGGCAAGUUCAUAGGAUUCAAACGUCUUGACGAAAGCCUGGUCACCACAGAAGACCAACACCCCUUUGUGCAGGAGACGCUCGUCGCAUACGCGCAGACUCUGGAGUGCUCGAUGCUCCUCUUCCUAGGUCACGCUACCCAGGCGGAUAAGGAAGAUCAGGUCUUUAGCCGCAAGAUGCCGUUUUCGCGUCGCAAUAGCCUGCCAAACGCGCAAUAA